GCAAUCCUUCCCAGCCCAAAACAAAGACACAGCUCCGGCGAGAAGACGGUUCUUUAUAAAACAGUAACAGCAAGUCAUGGGCAAGAAGCAUAAGAAGCACAAGUCAGAGAAACACGCGUAUGAAGAGUACCCGGAGAAGCCACUGCGGCUCGUGCUCAAGGUGGCGGGCAGCGAGGUGACGGAGCUGUCCACGGGGAGCUCGGGCCACGACACGACCGCGGGCGACGACAGGCUCGAGCACGAGCGCCACCGCGACAAGAAGAAGAAAAAGAAGAAGAAGGGCGAGAAGGAACGGAGCAGCCCGGCGCCGUCGCUCGACGAGAAGCGGAAGAAAAAGUUUUCGAAAAAGAAGGGCCAAGAUUCCGUGGACACCGACUGGGAGGAGAGAGAGCAGUGUCAGACCCCAGUACGGUGCGAUGUGCCCCAAGAAAAGCACCUGACCCCGUCCGUGGCCAAGAUAGAAGAAAAAGAGCAAAGCCCUCUGCAGGAAGCCCUAUCUCAGCUGAUAAGACAGCUGCAGAGGAAAGAUCCCAGCGCUUUCUUCUCCUUCCCAGUCACAGACUUCAUCGCUCCAGGAUACUCCAUGAUCAUUAAGAAACCCAUGGACUUCAGCACAAUGAAGGAAAAAGUAAAGAAGGAUCAGUAUCAGUCACUGGAGGAGUUAAAGGAGGAUUUUAAAAUCAUGUGUGAAAAUGCAAUGAUAUACAAUAAACCGGAGACCAUUUAUUACAAAGCUGCAAAGAAGCUAUUGCACUCUGGAUUGAAAAUUCUAAGUCAGGAGAGGCUUCAGAGCCUGAAACAGAGCAUUGACUUCAUGGCUGACCUGGAGAACACAAACACUGAGGAGGGGAAGCCAGGGAAGGAGGGAUCCUCCAGCCUGGACCUGUCCAGAGACGGCCAGUUACCCACAGAUACUACUGAGACGCCCCAGUCGCCAAGGAGAAUUUCCAAGGACACUCCCAGGCAGGACAAGGACUCCAAGGAGGAAUCGCUGAGGAAUGGUACUACUCAGGCUGAAAGGGGGCUAGAAGAAAUCCGGAAAAUCAUUGAGGAUUCCGGAGGCAAAUUGUCCAACAGGGAGCUACAGAGUGAGCUGGAAUUUGAGAGGCGGAAGGCAGACGGCACAACCACUCUUGGGAUCCUGAACCCAGCAGAGCUGGCAACUGGAGACACAGGAUACUGCCCGGUGAAGCUAGGAAUGAUGGUGGGCCGGCUGCAGAGUGGCAUAAACACCCUGCAGGGUUUCAAAGAAGACAAGAGGAACAAAGUCACACCUGUAGCCUACAUGAAUUAUGGACCAUUCAGCUCCUAUGCUCCAGUUUAUGACUCCAGCUUUGCCAAUGUCAGUAAAGAGGAUUCUGACUUAAUAUAUUCGUUCUACGGCGAUGAGUCCAGCCUGCAAGGUUCAGAAAGCAUCUCUGAGUUUCUGUCAAAGACAGAAGAACAUAUGAGCAAACUGGCUGAUAAUAUUUUGGAUGCCUUGACGAACGGUGAACACUCGAAGUCGCUGCUCGAAAUGGAAAUGACUACCGAGGAAGGUGAAGAUCCAGCAGAAGAAGCAGAAUCUGCAAAUGACGUGGAGAUAAUUGAAACGGAAUCAAGCAACAAGAGUACUCUGGCCGCCCUGAGUUCUGUGAAGGAGCUUGGUCUGGGUUUGGAUGUUGACUCCCCAACUUUUGACUCAGAAGAGGCCAGGCAAUUCCAGCAAAAACUGGACGAAACCACAUUGCUCCUGCGAGAGCUUCAGGAGGUCCAGAAUGAGCGUCUGAGUUUGAAACCUCCUCCAAACAUCAUCUGCCUCUUAGCCCCGAGCAGCAGGGAGCUCCAGCUAGCUGAGAGAGUGACAGGAAACCUCAUGCACCUUGCUAGUCAGGUGACACCAGGGGAUGUGAGCAGUGUGUAUGGGAUCAGAAAGGCAAUGGGGAUUUCACUGCCUAUGGAGUUGCUGGAGGAGAAUCAUAUCAACCUUACUACAGAGUCAGACGCCCCAGAGUCUGUGAACGUCUUCCCUGCCAGCGAAGAGGACACGGCCAUAGUUGUAUAACUUGGUGGGAUGUGAACAUUUUUAAACCUUGGGAGCUUUAAUUGCUAUUGUACAGAGGGUACUUUUUUCUUUUGUUUGUGUUUCACAUAAUAAACUUUUUAUAGUA